AUGGCGCCGAAUAAGCCUUCAGUCAAAGGCAAGUCAUCCUCCAAGGGUGACUCAGGAAAGAGCAAGCCUCUCUCAUCCGCUUCGAAAGUGAGCAAGAAAAAUGCAAAGCGCCCGCCACCCAAGGAAGUGAAGUCGAAGGCACGCACGGAGUCAUCACUAUUGAAGAAGACGAAGAAGAGGGAAUAUACAGAAGAAGAACUUGGCCUCCCGAAGCUGAAUAUGAUCACGCCUGUCGGAGUAGUGAAGCCAAAGGGCAAGAAGAAGGGAAAGGUUUUUGUUGAUGAUCAGGAGGGAAUGAUGACUAUUCUUGCCAUGGUCAAUGCCGAACAAGAGGGCCACAUUGAGUCCAAGCUGCAGAAGGCGCGUCAAUUAGAGGAGAUUCGCGAAGCCAAGAGAAAGGAAGCAGAAGCGAGACACGCGGAAAAGAAGAACAAGUUGGAAGAAGCUAAACAAUCAAUUCGCCAGAAGCGGAAGCGCAAGAGCAGUGGCAAUGAAGACUCCAAAUCUGAUGCUUCGACUUCCAAAUCAGAUUCAAAGUCAAAAGGAAAGAGAAAGAGUGUUUCUUUUGCUUGA